AUGUUACCGUUGAUACGACAAAUCGCCUGUCGUCGCUACAAAUCAUCCAUUGGCAAGCAACUGGCCACGGCGGAAGAUCUGAAAUCGUUCUUUAAAUCGUCCGUCGCUGUUGCUCCACCUGGAGUGGAACGGUCUGCAGUCAAGCCUGAGCUGCUGGACAAGCUGCUGGACUUAUCUGGACUUUCCAAGGAGAUCAGCCAAUCGGAACAACAGAGCCUGCUUGAUUCGCUCAGUGACCAACUGCAGUUUGUUGCCGAGUUGAAGAACCACAAACCUUCGCCAAAUCAGACCAGAUUGGUCCAAGAUAGCCAGCCAUUGAAGUUCGAUCAGCUCGUUGACGAGAUCGCCCAGCAAACGCCACAGCUGGCCAAAGGAGAAGUGGAAGAGUGUUGGAACCCGCUAGAUCUAUCGCAACAGCACCAGGACGAUUACUUUGUCGUGAAGGAAGGACUCAUCAAGGAAAUUAAACAGUAA